AUGAAGGUAGCAUGGAAUCUGAAGGGUGGUGGCAUUUUUGGCUUUACCAUGGCACCAGACGAGUCGCCCAUCUUGCAUGAGUUCUACAUAUCAGCUAUCCAGAGUGGGUGCCAAAAGGCCAGUUAUAUUGUGCAGUUUCUUAGGAGGGACUUGACCUCUGAAUAUGACAUGAUUGGCCCUUACUUCUCUGUCCCCAGUUCCAUGGAUUCUAACAUCCUACAGGAGUUCUUUAUGCUAUGCUUUAAAGCAUUUACUGCAUUUGGCUUUGGAGUGGCCAUUGUCCUCUGUGACGGUGCAUCUUCAAAUUUUACCCUUUUGAAAAUUCUUUGUGGGUGUCCCAAGGAAACACUUCCCAUAGAUGAUCAGGCAGAAACCUUGAAAAGGACGGUAUUUUUUCAACGUGUCUUUUACUAAUCCAGAGGAUCCUUUUGGAAAUCCAUGAUUUGCCAUGAUUUGCCCAAGCCAUCAGGUAUUUACCUUUUUCUUGUAAAAACAAACACGGAAGGAGUGUGUGUGACAUGCCUUCAUUUUUAGAUACUACAUUUACUUACAUGAACACUUCCCUGCAUUUCAAUGUCUCUUCUGAAUUCACAAUCCUGUCCUUAAUUAGAUGUAAACGCCUUGCACCAGUAGUUCAAAGAGUGGGUAACUUUAUCCAGCACGUACGUUGCUAUCCAGCAGAUAAAUUGUAUUGGUUGGAGUACAUUUUAUCCACUUGAUAGCGAUUUAUUUAGUGGAUAGAGUUAUCCACUAUUUGUUGAGCCGAGGCCUGGUCAUGUUAUAAAAUGAGGAUGGCCUCAAGUCAUGCUUCCAACAUAUUCAUGACACCCACAUCAAGUUAUGUAACACUUGUAACACUUAAAGCAUUUUCAGAUCUGUCACAAGUGUGUAAUUAAUUUUCCUCUAACUGCAAUUGCUUUAACCAUCUAUGAUACACUAGUCAUCUUAUUCCAAGUUACAGAACAUAAUAUCUGCCUUGUACAGCUCAAGACCCUCUAGUUCAAAAAGUCUUAAUCUAGAUGCUAUCCAGUUUGGAUAG